GAAAAUAAAACGAUCAACAAUACCUUACAUGUUGUUGUUGUUGCUGCUGAUGUAACACAUUCACUCAGUAAUAAUAAUAAUAAUAAUAAACAAAAUCAACCUACACACAUUGGACUAAUGACUCCAUUAAUGGAACGUUCCAUGGAAGAUUGUUCACAUUUAUCAACCACCAUACAACGAAAUCAGUCGAAACGAAAAAAACGAUGCAAAAAUGAUAGUCAAUCGACAACAGCCUCAUCCUCAUCAUCAACAUCAUCAACAUUAUCACAUGCAACCAUCAUUUUCUCCUCACCAUCUUCUUUGUUAUCAUCAACAACAAACUAUUCAACAUCUGAAGUUGACUCUUCUCGUACACCAUCACUGGUUGUGAAGAAUAGCAGUUGUAGUAACAAUGUUGCUGCACCAUUUGCACAUACUGAUGAAUUCUCUGUCAUUAUUGAUGAUCCUUCUUCACUUUAUGAUGAAAUUGAUAAUAUUUCUCCAUCAGUGUAA